AUGGCUCGCAAAUACGGAACUACAGUCUAUGACAACGCCAAGUGGCGCAUGAUGCUGCGUCUCAAAGGCACAGUCAUCCUCCAGAUCUGGUGGCACAUCCUCCUUGUUGGCGUCUACUCAGCCAUUGUCUUCCUAAUCAGCAAGUACUCUGAAUGGAAGAUGGGCUACACUCUGAACCUUGUCUCUGUCAUGGGCAUGGUCGUGUCUCUCCUCCUCGUCUUCCGCACCAACACCGCCUACGAUCGUUACUGGGAGGGUCGCCGUCUGUGGUCACAGAUGACCCUGUGUAUCCGCAAUCUCACCCGUGGCAUCUGGGUCUGCGUUGCCGAGACCGAGACAAGAGACCUACUCGAGAAAAAGUCCGCCAUCAACCUCCUCGUCGCGUUUGCCUUUGCCACCAAACACUACCUUCGCGAGGAAUACGGCUACGACUACGACGACAUGGUCGACCUCCUCACCCACAUCCCCAAAUACUCCAUUCCCACCUCGGUCGAACCAAUGGAUUGGCGCAUGGACAUUCCCACCACUCCCCUCGAGUCUCUCACCCCUCAACAACAACCACAGCCUCAGCGGCCACAGACCUCGCAAUUGUCUGGCUCUGCAACCAACAUUGGCCGUGCCAGUGGAACUUUUGAAGGCGGUCGGGCUCGUCGCCAAUCUCGCGGUCAGGAUUUGGCUUUUGACUUUUUGACACCUACCAACAUCCCUGUCGAGCUGUCAUACUACAUUGGAAGCUACAUCAAGGCCUGCAGCAACAAGGGCAAGGUCGACCCCGCCACCUUGACCAUGAUGAACAACGCCCUGGUCUCGAUGGUUGACUGCCUCACCGGAUUCGAACGUAUUCUCCGUACCCCCAUCCCUCUCGCCUACUCGAUCCAUCUCCACCACGCCACUUGGAUCUACCUCCUCGCCCUCCCCUUCCAGCUUGUCUCCAACAUGAAGGAGCUCAUGAUCCCCGCCACCAUGCUCGCUGCUUUCACGCUCCUCGGAAUCUUGGGCAUUGGUUACGAAAUUGAGAACCCCUUCAACGACGAUUACAACGAUCUGCCCCUGGAUGAUUUCUGCAAGGUCAUCCAAGCCGAAGUUGAAUCCAUGGUCGCUACCCGUGCCCCCGUCCCAGCCGACUGGAUCUUCUCCGAGAACAACUACCCCCUUUCCCAGUCCCAUCUCUCGGCCAAGGAACUAUCAGCUCUUUCGUUGGAUGAGAUCCACGCCUUGAUGAAGGCCGAGAACCCUCAUUAUAGUGCAGGUGAUCGUGCUCAGGGGCGCAAGUCUGUUCAGCUUCAAUAUUCUCGCUCGGUGAGCGGGAACCAAAAUGGAGCAGUGCCAGCGUCACCUACUUCUCUUACUACCCCUACAGUCCGCUUCCAAGCUUCUGGAGAGCCCUUGCGAAGGGCCCCCUCUUCGUCUAGUGAGAAGCAGAGCCGCAUUUCUGUCUAG